AUGCCCUCACCCAGCCUGAGUCAAGGAGCCGCCGCCCCGCGGCGCAUGGUGGAGCCCGCAGCCCCAGGCUGCGGACAGCUGCCGCCCCACGAGUCUGAAAUGCCGACCAAGGGCAGCGCGGCGCCUGCCGCGUGCUUGCCUGCGCCGGCGCCAGCUGCGGCGGCGGCCCUGCCAGCGCCAUGGCCCGCCAGCGACUCCCCCGCCGUGCAGCCCCAGCCGCCGCGCCUCAGCCCGGGCAGCGGCCACGGCGCCCGGCCAAUCACGCCUGACCCUGCCCCCGCCCAGGCCGCCGCCACGCCCGACGCCUCUCGCGCGGCAUCGGCAGGCGCAGGCGCGGCGGCAGGGGCCGCCGCGCGGCAGGCGCGGGCCCGCGAGCAGCGCGAGCAGGAGCGCUGGUGCAGGGUCGAGUCCUUUGUGCGCCACGUCACCACCUCCCCGCUCAUCCACUCCGCCCUCUGCUCUCUGCUGGACGGCGUCAGCGGCGAGGCGGACGGCGAGACGGACGGCGAGGCGGACGGCGAGGCGGACGCCGAGCUGCCGCACGGCGACACGCUUCAGCUGGCCCUGGCCCAGAUGCUGGCGCUGUUCCUGCGCGCGGGAUACCCCACGGCCAGCGACGAGGCGCUGCUAACGUGCCUGUGGGUGCUGGAGUCAUUUGGCAACGUCUGGCGCUCGCCCGCCGGCCCCCGCAUCUCCGCGUAUGUCCACAACCUGUGCUACUUUGCGCCAGAGCUUGCGCUGUACGUGAACCGCAACUGGCGGGAGCGGUACAUCAACAUGCGCGCGGCGCUGGUGGAGGGGCAGCGGGAGCUGCUGAGCCGUGUGGAGUGGCGGGUGCGGCUGGACCUGCACUCAGACGUGCGCCCCUGCUACCACUGGCUGUUCCGGAACCCCGCCGCCUGGGGCCGCCUGGCUGGCCGGCUGUCGCCAGAAGACGCCGGCCGCGCCGCCGCCGCUCCCGGCGCCAUCCCGGCGCCGCCGGCAGCCGCCAGGGACGGCUGGCCGGCCAGCCUGCGCGCCCUGUGCAACCGCGUGGAGAGCAGGCGGCCCGUCGCCGAGCCUGGUGUGCCGCAGGGCGCAGAAGAGUUUGCGGCUCUCUCCACGCUCUGGCCCAAGCGCCAGCGCACCCAGCUGUAG